AUGCCACCGCGACCUCACAAGCAAUUGGACUCGAAAAGGAUCGAGGAUUCACUUCGAGCAAACAUUUUGCCAUUGGUAAGUUUAUUGAGCAAACUUAAUUCAUUGUAGUGGCCCUGUGGUCAAUAAUAGCAUGUUAUGCAGCUGAAUUCACGGCAAUUCAUGCAGUCAAUUUAUUAAAUUCGUCUAGAUCACCGAACAGUUGGAAGCGGUAGCAUGCCGUGCUGUUUGGAGAGUUCGUGAAACAGACAUUGACAUCGCAAGAAAUCAGAUCGCUUCAAAGCGACUUCGCCUUGACCAAGUGGUUUCUUCAAUGAACGGCGUUCAAUUCUUUUUUUCCUGCGUUACAAGUGUCAUGUGCAACGCAAAAUCCGCGAAAGACGACGACAACGAAGCAAGUUACACGCCUGAAAGCUACCCAGCGAUUGCCUACUUCGUCGUGUACAAGGAAUGCGCAACUUGCAACGAGAAGAUCUUGUUUUCCACCAUUCACAACGAAGAAUUAGAUGCAGAGGUAUCGCGAAUUCGAGUGCGAAAAUCAUCCGAUAGCAAUAAUGAAAUGGAAAAAGCUGCAAAACAGUUAUUCCAAGUGGUCAAGGAUCACAGCAACAACACCAUCCAGGAGAUGCUCCAAAUAUCAAACGCGUAUUGCUACAAGAAUUCCGAGGGAACGCCGUCAGAUGAUGAUGAAGAGGAUGAUCAACCCGAGUUUGUUUCAACUCAUUUCCCCAAUGUCCCCUGCUGUAUAAUCGUCGUAAACGAAAGCGAGUUUCGGGAUCGUGUGGCUACAGCAGUUACAAAGCUGGAAUCAGACGGACUUGUUGUUGAUCUCGGUAAUGCAUGCGUUGUAAAGUUGGACAAUCCACCGUUCUCAUCCAACAACGAUGUCGCCGCCUUGAUAAACAACAUCGAUAAAUGCAUGAAGUUAUGCGACCACGCCUUAUAUCGUUCAGAAAUUUACACCAAACCAGAGGGUUCAAAUUUAACGUUUGUAAAAAUGAUGGAUGUAACUAGUUACUUGCAUAAACUUCUGGCUAACGAAGUGUUGCGUGACAAGCUGAUUCAGCAUUUUCAAGCGGUCGAUAGACUUCUGUCUCAUCCAGCAUGCGCAAUAAUUCAGCAGAUCAAAUUUGACGUGGAUCUCAUUGAAGUAUCAAACGGGUACUGUUUCUCGAUCAAAGCCCGAAAGUUCAUCGUCUGUCCUAUCCCGGAAUCCAUGCGUGGAAAACUGUCGCCAAGAUCUUUUGUUCCAUAUGACAGUUCCAAACCGCCGAAGCCUGGGUAUUUUCGAGAAGGCAUUGUCAACUCCUUUCCCGACGACGACGUGCGAGUACGGUUCCUGAAUAAACUCUAUCAGUGCCUGCUCGCGUUCAGCAUGCCUCACAAGGUGAGGAAAUUGGUAGUGGUUGGCCCCAAAGAUUCGGGCAAAACAUCUUGGUCCAACAUAUUCCAUCGUGUUAUUCCCGCCAGCUACAUUGCGUCGCUCACAAACGAGAGACAAUUUUCUGCCGCUAUGAUUAACAACGAAACUAAGCUGGUCCUCGUGGACGAGUGGUCGGCGAGCACGAUGCAAUCCGACCUUGCCAAAUGCAUCCUUCAAGGCGGAUGGAUGGUUUCUGCGGUAAAGCACGGCCUACCAAAGACGGUAUUAAAUAAUAGCCCCUUCUACAUCACCACAAAUAACCUCCCGAAUUUUGGUAAAGAAGAAGACGAUAACGUGAAGCGCAGAAUUGAGAUAUUCACAACAACGUCAUUUCCUCAAUCUCUACCGGGAAUCGACAAGUGGAUUUAUGACCACGCGAUGGAUUGCAUUGCGUGGAUAGCGGAAGAAAUCAACGCGAACCGCGAGCACAUCGAUCGACAUGAGCUCUGGUACGAGCCAAAUCACUCUGGACCGUUGACGAUUGCUGCAAACGAGGGGGAAAGUCUGUUCAGUGACGAACACGUGCGACGCAUAUCCAAUGCUGAUUUGCGCGAGGAGGACGCUCCUAUCGUUGAGGAAUUGUCGCAAACAAUCCACGACGGUUUUGCGGUGGAGUUACGUUCGCGACGUCUCGCGCGGAAGAGAAGGGCCGCUCGUGGGGAGUUAAACAGCGACGACGAUAGCACAAGUGAAGAAGUACAAGAACAUAACAACUCCUCCUCCGAUGGUGAGAAACGUAGGGACGACAUGGAAGGAUGCCGGUUGACUGAAGACAACGUUGUCAAAGAGAGCCCUCAAACGAAGUCGACAACAUUAGCAGAAAGUAGAGACGGAGAGACAACUCACAACGAACGCAGCAAGACGACUACGGUGUCAGUGGAACAACCGUUAAAUGACGACCAACUAUCGAAUGACGAGGAAACAAUGGACAGUGGAACAGAGAGAACUGACAACGCACGUGCCAACACAGAAGCAAGUGCGGUAACAGUAGAACAACUGUUACCGGUAAAACUCCCACAACCAACAAACGAAGCAUCGCCUGAUGAGGAAGUUAUAGACAGCCAGACAGACUAUUCGUACCUAUUCACCUCCAGCAGAAUGGGUAUUGAACGACAAAACGUAUAUGUCCAAAGUCGCAUGCUUUAUUAGAUAUGGCUUUAUGAAAAUGAAAAAGGCGAACUCUUAUCGUUUAAUGAACGAAGAGACAAGGCCAAAUUAAAGCGCACAAAAAAAGAACGUGAUUUUUGGACUAUUGCGGACCCAAACAUUGAUGCCUGGAUGCUCGUAACUGGACAAAAGCGAGAUGUUUUCAACAUCGAAUCGUUCGUGCAACAGAACCGUGAAAUCGUGGAAGAAAUAGGACAAGUUCGAAAGAAUGUGAAAGUGCUUAUUCUAAGAAGUCGAUGCCCCCUCGUGAAGGCACUACAAGAAAUUGAAAGGCGUGAACGGGGAGAGGAGAGCGAAGAACAAGUUGAAGUUCCUUCGCAAACGUAUUGGACAACCUUCAAAAGCUGGAGACCGUGGUAA